GCAACUGCACAGACAGGAUUCUCACAGAAGGAUCUCCCGAAUUUUCACAAGAUGCUGGACUGGAGAUUGGCAAGUGCACAUUUCAUCCUGGCUAUGACUGUGGUGCUGUGGAGCUCAGGAAAAGUCCUCUCAGUAGAAAUAGCAACAGAGGCCUUUGAUUCUGGACUCACGAAUGUGCAGUCAACACCCACAGUAAGGGAAGAGAAACCAGCAACUGACCUCGCAGAAAAACUCCUGCUGCUUGAUGAACUAGUGUCCUUGGAGAAUGAUGUGAUUGAGACAAAGAAGAAGAGAAGCUUCUCUGGCUUUGGAUCUCCGCUGGACAGGCUCUCGGCUGGCUCUGUAGAUCAUAAAGUGAAACAGAGGAAAGUAGUAGACCAUCCAAAAAAGCGAUUUGGUAUCCCCAUGGAUCGGAUUGGUAGAAACCGGCUCUCCAAUUCCAGAGGCUAAGUGAAUCCAACUGUGCAACUUCCCUGUGUGAAAUUACACAGAAGUAUGGAAGAUGCUUCAAUGAAGUCUUUUAUCACUCCUAAAUGAUUAAACUUUUAAGGGACUGACCUUCUGCCAAAUGUCAUAGUGAAGAAAACACAUCAGA